AUGGGCGCGGCGACGGGCAUGGUCAUGGUCAUGCUGGCGGCGCUGCUGGCUAGCCUCGCGCCGUCCGCCCGUGGGCUCGACCGCGGCGAGUUCCCGCCAGGCUUCCUCUUCGGCGCAGCCACGUCUGCUUACCAGAUUGAGGGCGCGUACCUGGAGGACGGCAAGGGCCUCAGCAACUGGGAUGUCUUCACCCACGCACGCUCUAGGGAUAUCAAGGAUGGACUGAACGGGGACGUAGCGGUUGACCACUACCACCGGUACAUGGAAGAUGUGGAGAUCAUGCACAAUCUGGGCGUCAACUCCUACAGAUUCUCGAUUUCGUGGGCGAGAAUCCUGCCAAGAGGCCGGCACGGAGACGUUAACUCGGAUGGAAUAGCUUUCUAUGACCGCCUCAUCGCUGCCCUGCUGCAGAAAGGGAUAGAGCCAUUUGUGACGCUGCAGCACUUUGAUCUGCCGCACGAGCUGGAGGUCCGUCAUGGCUGGCUGGGAGCCGAAAUCCGGGAGGAGUUCGACUACUACGCGGACGUGUGCUUCCAGGCCUUCGGUGACCGGGUCAAGUUCUGGACGACGUUCAACGAGCCCAACCUGUUCACCAAGUUCGCCUACAUGCUGGGGAUGUACCCUCCCAGCCACUGCUCCGCGCCGUUUGGGACCUGCAACAGCGGCAACUCCCACCGGGAACCCUAUGUUGCGGCCCACAACAUCAUCAUGUCUCAUGCCGCCGCCGUCGACAACUACAAGAAGAAUUACCAGGCAAAGCAAGGAGGUUCGAUAGGAAUUGUGAUUGCGAUGAAGUUUUAUGAGCCGCUUACGAAUGCAACGGAGGAUAUUCUGGCGGCACAACGUGCAUUGUCUUUUGAGAUACAUUGGUUUUUGGAUCCGAUAUUCUUUGGUGAGUAUCCCAAAGAAAUGCAUGAAGUGCUAUCAUCUAACUUACCAAAGUUCACCGCGGCAGAGAAGAGGUUACUGCAAAACAAGGUGGACUUUAUCGGGGUAAACCAUUACACUACAAUUUACGCCAAGGAUUGCAUCUCGUCUUCGUGCGACCUUAAUACUUAUGAGGGGAAUGCACUGGUCCUUGCUAUAGGCGAAAGGGACGGCGUAAAAAUUGGAAAACCAACUGCAUUUAUUGGUUUUUAUGACGUUCCGGAAGGCAUGGAGAAGAUUGUCAAGUAUGUUAAUCUAAGAUAUGAGAACACACCUGUCUAUGUUACCGAGAAUGGCUACUCGCAGUACAGCAAUAACAGUAUGGGAGAUUUGAUCAAUGACGUUGGAAGAGUGAACUACCUGCAAGGCUAUCUCUCGGGUAUCUCUGAAGCAGUCAGGAGAGGAGCAAAUGUGCGCGGCUACUUUGUGUGGAGUCUCAUGGACAACUUCGAGUGGGCUUUCGGUUUCACCGUGCGAUUUGGGAUGUACCACGUGGAUUUCCAAACGCAGAAGAGGACUCCAAAGUUGUCCGCGAAGUGGUACCAAAACUUCCUCAUGGGAUCUGGGCCCGUGAACACAAUGGAAAAUAUGAGUACAGAUAUCUGAUACUUGUAAUUUCUAAUGCCAUUGCCAUGGAUACCCGCGUACCUGACAUGCUUGGCUACCCAUAUUCAUAUUACAUCGUUGAAAACAGAAGCUUAUGUUGCAAAUGUUAUGUCCGAC